AUGAUAAGUUCUGAUGACAAUUUAGCUAGUUUAGAUAGUAUAACUGGCUCAAAUGACAUAACUGACUCUAAUAUACUUUCAAGUGAUAAUGAAAAUCCAAAUUCAAAAUUUGCCUGGCUUGCAAAAAAUAAUCUUAAGUUGAAUCCUACUUGGGAAAUAACAUACUCUUGGUUAUGUUUGGCAAAGUUUAAUAAUAUCUUCGUUAUGAGUUGUAAAUAUCUUAAAGAGCAAUUAAUUAAAAGACAUAUACAAACUAGAGAUCGUCAAAGGUUAAUAAAAACACAAGAAGAAUCACAAAUAGCCAAAAAUCUUAUUGCAACUUGUAAAAUUACCAAUUUUACUUCAUUAACUAAAUAUUAUAUUAAGAGUAAUCUUGAAGAAGAAUAUACUUUUGAAGAAAGUUAUACUCUUAAUCAUCCAUUAUUAGAAUUAUUAAAAGAAUAA